AUAAAUAUGGAUGAUGAUGAGCAGAAGGGUUACACCUGGGAAGCAGGAUAUGCAGAAGGCCUGAACAUCAAUGAUGUCCUUGUGGAAGAUGAAGGUGGAUCUAUCGAAAAAUCAAUUGCCAAAUACGUGGCUGAUAGCAAACGAAAAGCCCGAUUGACGAAGAGACCGGAACGGAUUCGCCUCGGAAUUAUGCGCCACGUCAUGAUUGUCAUCGAUUGCUCACGAUUCAUGACGAGCAAGGCAAUGCCUCCAUCGAGAUUUGUAGUUGUUAUGAAGGCUCUACAAACCUUCCUGGACAGAUUCUUCGAGCAAAAUCCAAUUGCUCAGAUUGGAUUGAUCACUUGUAAAGAUCGUAAAGCAGAUCGGUUGACAAUGAUGACAGGAAAUAUUCGUGUGCUAAAAGAAUCGCUGAACACACUAACUGAAGCUUUCUGUGGUGGCGAUUUUUCUCUUCAAAACGCUCUUCAAUUAGCUUGUGCCAACCUGAAAGGAAUGCCGGGUCAUGUAUCACGAGAAGUUGUUCUCGUUAUAUCAGCACUUUCAACAAUUGAUCCUGGAAAUAUUUACAGCACUAUUGAGACAAUGAAGCGAAUGAAUAUUCGUUGUUCUGCUAUUGGACUGUCUGCUGAAAUGUUCGUUUGCAAGGAAAUGGCUAAAGCAACGAAAGGAGAAUAUUCCGUAGCUCUUGACCCUGACCAUCUGCAACUUUUAUUCUCAAAGCAUACACUCCCACCGUCCUCAGCAAAAUCGAGUGAAUGCAACGCAAUUCAUGUUGGAUUUCCACACCACGAGCUGAUUACAACAAGAUCGUUUUGUGUUUGUCAUCCUGACACGAAGCCAAUCUCAUCUCGUGGAUUCAUUUGUACACAGUGCGGAGCACGUCACUGCUCGAUUCCAGCUGAAUGCCCGGUUUGCAAACUUACACUUGUCGCAGCUCCACAGCUUGCUCGAGCGUUUCGACAUCUUCAGCCGCUGUCAGCUUUUGAGCAAAUUGAAGUGACACGAGGAUUCUGCUACGCAUGUGAAACUCGUCUAUCUGGUGAAGGUUUUCGCUGUGGUAGUUGCCAGCUUGUGUUUUGUCUCGAUUGUGAUACUCUUCUUCACGAGUCUCUACACGUAUGCCCCGGAUGCAACUGAUAUCUCUUUUUUUAAAUUACUCACGUUCUCUCACUUUUCGGACGGGUUUUAUUUCAUCUUUUUUAUAAAAAUUCUAAAAUAAAUCGAUCGGCUCCGU